AUGGAUGAAAUUGUACGAUUGGUCAAGGCAAUGGGUCGACAGCAAUGCCUCAAUGCUUACUACCGGGUUUGUUACCUGCUUUUGAAAGAAUUACAAGAAAGGAUCCAGUCCGAUUCCGACAACCUUCUGAAACUAUGCUUUGACGAAUCCACCGGUCCCGGCGAUCUGGAGCAGGCCGCUAUCAUCGCGAUUGGCCUCCGUGACACUGUCGCGGCCCUGCGCGCAAAGGAGAGAAGGGCACGUAUAGACCGGGAAGAGUUCUACUGA